AUGCAUGAGCCGCGCUCCGGGGUCUUCCAAGCCAUCACAGGUGGUGGUGGGGCUUUGUGUGCUCCCAAGGACACCCCAUCUUGUUCCUCCUACUCAUUCUUACCCGUGCCGAUUUCACCACUGCCAUGUCCCUCUUCUCUAGUGCACAGUGUAGGCACCGUCUUCCCAUUCGAGCCGCCAUCCACGUCGGCUGACUGGGAGCCGCACCCAUCAGUCGUUCUUGUGCCUGGCGGUGGGGAAGGGUCGUCCAGGCCACCGGCGGAUUCACCGUCUACUGUGAACAGCACGUCGGUCAAACGCCCGUGGGUCGCUGUGAAGUACAAGCAGCAGCGCCUCUGGGGAGCUCCUCCUCCUGGGAGGGUUGCCUCUCCGCGACGUGAUGCUGAUCCUGAAGAUGAAGCACCGCCAAAAACAACCGGUGAUGUUAUGUAUGACACGAUAAAGCGUCGAUAUGAGUCUGAGUGGCGGAAUAAAUUUAAGUGGUUACGUCUCAUUCGGUUGCCUAACGGUCUUGCCAAGUUGAAGUGCGACAUCUCCGUGCAGCAUGGAGACCCCACCGCUCACACUAGCUACGGUGCGAAGGGCGAGGGUGGGCGCGACCACCAGAUUGGUAGCGCCCGGGCCCAUUUCGCGACGAGAGCCCACGAGAAUGCGUUGAAAGCCCAAGCAGAAGCGGAAGCAAACAAGGCGAAACAAGUGAGCAUCACCCACUGGCAGGCAACCGACGCGUCGACGAGGCACAUCAUUCGCGUUCUGCACAUCGCUGUCUUUGUCUGCAAGGCGGAUGCGCCAAUCGCGAUGUUCAUCCCGCUCUGCUGGCUCUUGGCGAAGGAAGGUCUUCCCGACCUCCCCAAUAGUGGUGGUUACGACGCCUACUACACAGAGUAA